UGUCAGCGGAUUUAUAUUGACAUUUUCUAUUUUUCAGUGACGAAAACACUCACUGUCUGUGUUGUUCUCGGCUAUUCGCUGUGAGUUUAUAUUGCACAAGUAAACGCCAAAAACAUUGUUGCGUACGUUCUGCGCGCGCCAAAAUGUUAAAGUAUUUACUUUGCUCAAGUGUUUUCCUGAAAAUGACUUCUGAAUAGCUAUAAAUAGAUCACCGCGGAAAGUUCACGACUGAUCCACUGCUCGGCCUCAUUAUAAUUUCUCUUUUAGUAAAAUGAGCCAACCAACGCCACCGUUCGGUGGAGCAAUAGGCCACAACUCGCCAAAUCAGUUUAAAGUGCCGCCGCCAAAUGUACAGAAUGUACCACCUCCACAGAACAAUGGAAACAUGUUCAACUCACAAAUGAAUACCGGGUACUAUCCGUACGGGAAUUACAACUCUCCUGAGCAAUGGGUCGUCCCCAACCCUGCGUAUUUCUACAACUCGUGGCCGUACCCCCAGACUUCCAGCACUCCGCCGGCGAUGAUGAUGCAGUCGCCUCCUCCUCCUCCGCCUUCUGGCGGGCAAUUGCCAGCAAAUUUUAAUCCUGGGCAGCCGCCGCCACCACUGCCUAAACCAGUGGUCAAAAUGCCUCCACCUCCACCACCCGAUAAUGCAGCAAGACGUGGCCGUUGCGUGUACCCACGAGGCGGACGCAACGGUUUCAAAGGACCCACUCGGCAGAACUCUGGCAACAACGCAAACCCUGCACAGGAUACGGCUGCUCGUCCCCAAAACAUGAACGGAGAAGGUGAAACCUCAUCGAACGCAGUGAAUUCAGACCCUCACCAAGUUCAAGUGCAUAAGAAGCCGAAACGCAAACCGAUGUCCUCGCGCUACACUCGAAAACGUGCCUGGUGUCGUGAAGAUGCUGAUAAAGUGCUGGCGCUCGAAAAUCAAUGCACUGCAACUGCUCCAACACUUGUCAUACGGUUUCCGGAUCCAGAACUGAACUCAUACAUGGUCAAAGGAUUCUCUCCGGAGAUUGAAUCAGUUCAUUUUCAGAUUCCCUACAAAGCACGUUCUUGUUUCGUCAAAUUAAGGCCAGGAGCUGAUAUUUCAAAAGUGUGUGAGGAAAUUUGUAAAAUUCCAUUUGGUACAGGCUUUCUCAAGGCUGAGGAAAAACAUAUAAAGCAGCAAAAUAAAUCGACGAGUCCCGACGGCAUUGACCCGUACACUCUAUAUGUGGGAAAUCUUCCACCUCACAUAACAGUCGCGGAAAUCAAAGAGAAUUUCCCCACUGCAACGUACAUUGACGUUGGUUUCGCGCAAAAAAUGAAAUAUACUCGCUAUGCAUUUAUCCAGUACGCAACAGUAGAGGAAGCGAUGGAAGCGUACAAGAAAACUAUCAAUUUAAUGCUGGACAAAAGGAAUUUGGUUGUGCGGUUUAGACGAACAAAGGGAAAUAUUGGAUUGCCGGGUGAUUCGAAAACGCCAAAUCCAAAGAAAGCGAAAAAUAAUGAUAGCGAUUGUGAGAUUGUCAAAGAUGAUGGAGUUUUGCAGAAGAAGUCCAGGACCGACGAUGAUGCAACCGUCGAUUCGAAGGAAAAUGUCUCCAGAGAGGCAGCUAGGCUGAUGCGGCGACUUCUGGACAAAGAUGAUGAUUCAAGCGAGUUUGGUGAAGAUCGAGAGUUACCUACACCUCCACUUGGCAAUGGACCAAUUGUAAAUAUCAAAACUGAAAAAGAUGAUGAUAUGGAUGAGUACAUGGACGAAGCUGAUUUGUUAGGAACACAAAUAAAAGAUGAACCAAUUGAUGUUUUCUGUGAUGAUUUCUAUCCAGAGUCGAAUGAUGAGGAAGAUGAUGAGAUACCUCCUGAAUUGAUGUACGACAGAAUGAAUUCAAUAGAUGAUUUCAGCUAUCUUCAGGAUGAUCAUGAUGAAGCUGAUGAGGAUGAUCGUGAUAGUUUCGGCCCAAGGAAUUGGGAUCGUAAUCGUGAAAAGGAACUUGAAGAGAAAGAGGAAAAGCCUGAUAUAAGGACUCUGCAACGGACCGACUCAUCAGAAAUGAAAGCUCCCAAGUUACGGUUAAGAGAUAUAGCCAGUGAGAAAAAGGAUGAACUGGAUGAUUUGUUCAACGCCAUGAAUCCAGAAAGUGAUGACGAUGAUUUUUGAAUUGGACUUCACUCCAUUAAUUUGGAACAUCGUUACGUAACUUUACGAUAAGGAUACACUUUUCAUAGGACUAAAUAGUUGUAAGCAAAUGUAGUGGUUGUCAUGAAUAUUAAGUGCAUCAAAAUUAUUUAACGUUUUUAUUAAAGUCAAAUAUUUUAUGAAGUCCAGGCCAACGUUUAUUCAUUAUUUUUAAAUCUUUUAUGAGAAAAAUCUCAAAAUGCGUCUUGAUAUACCUAGAUUUAAAAAAAAACUUUUUUCCCAUGAUUUAUACUGCGAACUUUUUUUUGUAAAAAUAGAGUGUGUUUAAAUUUGUUUACUAUUCUUAUCAUGGACUAAACACAUUGUAUUUGAGGAAAGUGAAGUUCAGUAAUUUACCUGUCGACUAGGUACGCUCGUUAUUCGUUCAUUAUCAACUACAUUCGUAUUGGAAAACAAUAGAAGGAAAUCUGGAACAAAACUAUAUAAACUUCAUCGUAGAUUAAAGAUCCAUCUUUCAUUCCUACAUAUUUCUUUCAAUUCUUUGUAUUUUUUUGUUUUUAGUUAAUAUUUUCUCUUUUCCUUUUUGUUUGACGAAAUAUAUUCAUGUGUGUAUCUAGUCUCAUAUGAAUGAAAUUGAAACUUCUGUAUAGGUUGACCUUUUUUGUUAUUAUUCUAAUUAGAAGGUAGUGAUGAGAUUGUUUCCUAAUUGUAAGCAUUUUUUAUCUGUGAGAGAAUAGUGAAGCGAAUACAACACUUUCCUCUGGUAAGAA